AGGAGACAUCAUUCCCACUUUCCCAGCAAGCUAAUUCUAACUGAUAAAUAAAUGUCUCUAACUCUAAAAUAGGAGUACUAAACAGUGAUAAUUGAAAAGUUCAAAAGUAGAAACAAUAUUGGGAUUGGCUGAAUGAAGAUUUCAAAACCCUUCAUACUUCCAUCUCUUCUUCUAUCACUGAUCUCUAUAAUAAUAGCUUCAAGCUUCCUUAAAACCCCUAAAAAUUCCGAAGAUAACAUCAAUACAAUGGAAAAAGCAGCAGAAAAUGGGGGGUUAGUCUUAGAAAUAUUUGGAGUAAGAAUUGAGAAAAACCCUCUUCAAUCUAAGCUUGAUGAUCUUCAAGUAGCCACUUGGCCCAAGUGGACUGGUCAACCCAGCAAAAUUCCGUGGACUUUUGAAGCAGAGGAGACAAUGUACCUUUUGGAGGGUAAAGUGAAGGUUUCUGUUGAUGGGCGUGAUGGGUCUUUUGAAAUUGGAGGCAGUGAUUUGGUUAUCUUCCCUAAAGGCAUGAAAAUCACUUGGGAAGUACUUCAAACUGUGACCAAGCACUAUCAUUUGGAUAAAUAAAAUGGAUGUGAAUAACAUUCUUAGAGGAUAUCACGCCUUAAAUUUGUUGAUAUAUGUAUCCUUUUAUACUCGGGAGUCGAGACUACUUACGACUUGUUAAAGUUAAAACUCUAUUAUCAUCAACACAAUUGGCAGGUGUAGCCGUUAAUUUUAUGGACUUGUGUAAGGUGAUCAAGGGACCAAGUUUGAUAACCAAGCUUAAUAUUUCAAUUGAGUGAUUUCUUCC